AUGCCCUGCAUGUUCUCACGCUUGACUGCUGCGCUCCAAGGCGUGGCGGGCGCAGACGCGGCAAGCCUCACAUUCAUGGUGGGGGGAAGCGGAACGGACGUCCAGGCAGCGAGGCCCGUGCUGUCCGCGUUGGGCUCCAAAAUCGUUCACUGCGGAGGCCCCGGCUGCGGUCAGGUGGUGAAGCUGGUUAACAACCUCAUACUGGCCGUCUCCAUGAUCGGUGUGGCCGAGGGCAUGAACCUUGGGGCCCGCCUGGGCGUCGACCCAAUCACGCUGGCGGCCGUCAUCAACAGCAGCAGUGCGCGCUGCUGGAGCAGCGAGACUUAUAAUCCUGUCCCCGGGAUUACUGAGGGCGCUCCCGCCGGCCGUGGCUACACAGGGGGAUUCGGUUCCAG